AAUGAAUGGAAAACUAAGUUAUAAACAAUAUAUAUAAGGGAAGCUUGAUUUACUGGAGUUCAUGAUUGCUGAAAAAUAGGCCAAUGUUAAAAGAUAGGAAGCUUAAAGAAAUGAGUUGAAUAGUUUAGGUAUUUUUCAAUAUUGAAUUUUGAGUGAGAUAAGUGAAAGAAGAAUUAUAAGCUUUAUAAGAGCCUCAUUCAUAUGUUGGAGAUGUUGUUAAAUAAAUGGGAAAAGAUAAAGUAUUGGUAAAAGUGAAUCCAGAAGGAAAAUAUGUUGUGACUUUAGAUAAGAAUAUCAAAAUUGAAGAUUGCAAACCUAAUACUAGAGUAGCUUUAAAGAGUGAUUCUUAUGUUUUACAUAAAAUAUUGCCAACCAAAGUUGAUCCUCUUGUAUCAUUAAUGAAAGUUGAGAAAGUGCCAGAUUCCACUUAUGAUAUGAUAGGUGGUCUAGAUUAAUAAGUAAAGGAAGUGAAAGAAGUAAUUGAAUUGCCUAUCAAACAUCCAGAAAUUUUUGAAAGUUUAGGUAUAGCAUAACCAAAGGGAGUUUUACUCUAUGGUCCUCCAGGAACAGGUAAAACUUUAUUAGCAAGAGCAAUAGCACAUCAUACAGUAUGAUAUAUAUCAUAAUAUAAAAUAGGAUUGUACAUUUAUAAGAGUAAGUGGCUCAGAAUUAGUUUAAAAGUAUAUUGGAGAAGGUGCUAGAAUGGUAAGAGAAUUGUUUGUAAUGGCACGAUAACAUUCUCCAUGUUUGAUAUUUAUAGAUGAAGUUGAUUCUAUAGGAGGUGCAAGAAUGGAAGGUGAAAGAGGAGGUGAUUCAGAAGUAUAGAGAACAAUGUUGGAAUUAUUAAAUUAAGUAAAAGAGUUUAAUAAAUUUAAUAGUUAGAUGGUUUUGAGUCUACAUAAACAAUUAAGAUUAUCAUGGCUACAAAUAGAAUAGAUAUUUUAGAUGCUGCUUUAUUAAGACCUGGAAGAAUAGAUAGAAAAGUAGAAUUUCCUAAUCCAGGAGUUGAUGCUAGAUUGGAAAUAUUGAAAAUUCAUUCUAAAAAAAUGAAUCUAAUGAGAGGAAUUGAUUUAAGAAAGAUAGCUGAAGUUAUGCCAGGUGCUUCUGGUGCUGAAUCAAAAGCAGUUUGUACAGAAGCAGGUAUGUUUGCAUUGAGAGAAAGAAGAAUUCAUGUAACAUAAGAAGAUUUUGAAAUGUCUGUAGCCAAAGUAAUGAAAAAAGACAUAGAAAAAAAUAUGGCCAUCAAUAAAAUGCUUAAAUGAA